AUGGGAGCUCUUCGGUGGCUCUCCAUUGCAGCUACUGCCUCGACCGCGUUGGCCCUCACCCCUGAGGGCCUGAUCAGCGCUCCGCGGAGGUCGGAAGCGAUCCCUAACCCUUCUGGUGAUGUCGCGGUGUUCUCGCAAUCGCAAUACUCUUUCGAGACCCACAAGACUACCUCGCAGUGGAACGUGCUGGACCUGAAGUCGGGCGAGAUCAAGCUCCUGACGAAUGACAGCGAUGUCUCCGAGAUUGUCUGGCUGGGCUCGGAUGAUUCGACCGUUCUCUAUGUCAAUGGCACCAAUGCCGACAUCCCGGGAGGUGUAGAAUUGUGGGUGUCGGACAUCUCCGAUUUCGCCAAUGGAUACAAAGCAGCUUCAUUGCCGGCUGCUUUCUCUGGCUUCAAAGUCGUCACCACUGACUCCGGCGAUGUGCGCUACAUCGCAUACGCCGAGUCGUGGGCAAACGGCACAGCAUACAACGAAGAGCUUGUGGCAAAGCCUCUGAGCUCUGCUCGCAUCUAUGACAGCAUCUACGUGCGCCACUGGGAUUACUACCUUACCACCCGAUUCAAUGCUGUGUUCUCUGGCACCUUGACCAAGUCGGAGGGCAAGGGCAAGGCUACCUACAAGGCUGCUGACGGAGGUCUCAAGAACCUCGUCUCCCCUGUCAAGAAUGCUGAGAGCCCCUACCCGCCUUUUGGUGGCGCCUCUGACUAUGACCUCUCCCCUGACGGCAAGUGGGUUGCUUUCAAGAGCAAGGCACAUGACGUCCCACGUGCCAACUACACCACUGCAUAUAUAUUCCUUGUCCCCCAUGACGGAUCGAAAACCGCUGUCCCAAUCAAUGGACCCGAUAGCCCCGGCACCCCCGAGGGUGUCAAGGGUGACGCCGGCAGCCCGGCGUUUUCCCCGGAUAGCAAGAAGAUUGCCUACUGGCAGAUGGCCGAUGAGUCUUACGAGGCAGACCACCGUACCUUGUACGUGUACACUCUCGACUCUAAGAAGACUAUUCCUUCCCUUGCAGCAGACUGGGACCGGUCUCUCGACUCCGUGAAAUGGGCAGAUGAUGACAAUCUUAUCAUUGGCGUUGAAGACGCAGGCCGCAGCCGUUUGUUCUCCAUCCCAGCAGAUGCCGGCAACGACUACAAGCCUAAGAACUUCACCGACGGCGGUGUGGUAUCUGCUUACUACCAAUUGCCUGACUCCACCUAUCUGGUCACCGCGAGUGCCCUCUGGACCAGCUGGAACGUCUACAUCGCUAGCCCCGAAAAGGGCGUGAUUAAGACGUUGGCCACUGCCAACAAGAUUGACCCUGAGCUGAAAGGCCUGGGUCCCGAAGUCAUUGACGAAUUCUACUAUGACGGUAACUGGACCAAGAUCCAAGCCUGGGUUAUCUACCCCGAGAACUUCGACAAGACCAAGACCUACCCCCUUCUCUACUACAUCCACGGUGGACCUCAGAGCUCGUGGCUCGACUCCUGGAGCAGCCGCUGGAACGCCAAGGUCUUCGCCGACCAGGGAUACGUAGUCGUUGCACCCAACCCAACCGGAAGCAGUGGCUUCGGUGAUGCCCUUCAGGACGCCAUCCAAAACCAAUGGGGAGGCUACCCCUACGAAGACCUCGUCAAGGGCUGGGAAUACGUCAACGAGAACUUCGACUUCAUCGACACUGACAACGGCGUCGCCGCAGGUGCCAGCUACGGCGGAUUCAUGAUCAACUGGAUCCAAGGCAGCGAUCUGGGCCGCAAGUUCAAGGCCCUGGUCAGCCACGACGGCACAUUCGUCGCCGACGCCAAGGUCUCGACCGAAGAACUGUGGUUCAUGCAGCGCGAGUUCAACGGCACAUUCUGGGAUAACCGCGAGAACUACCGUCGCUGGGACCCCUCUGCCCCCGAGCGAAUCCUCAAAUUCAGCACUCCCAUGCUCGUCAUCCACAGCGAUCUCGACUACCGUCUCCCCGUCUCAGAGGGUCUCUCUCUCUUCAAUAUCCUCCAGGAACGCGGUGUCCCUAGUCGAUUCCUUAACUUCCCGGAUGAGAACCACUGGGUCCAAAACAAGGAAAACAGCCUCGUCUGGCACCAACAGGUCCUGGGCUGGUUGAACAAGUACUCGGGCGUGGAAGAGUCCAACGAGGAUGCCGUCAGCUUGGAUGAUACUGUCAUUCCUGUUGUGGAUUAUAACCCGUGA